AUGUCAUGUUAUUGUCCUCCCGUCAACGGAGCCGAAGCGAUUAGUUUUUUUCAAGAUUACACACACAAUUGUUUUUAUGACGGGGUUGAUGUUUUUUCAUAUAUAUGUGGAUUGAUCAACAUAAUGUUUUGGAUGUUUGCGCAAUUUCCGCAAAUCUAUCAAACGUUCAAAUCUAAAAAACCCGAAAGUUUGUCAAUCACGUUUUUAGUGAUGUGGCUUGGGGGAGAUUUAACAAAUUUGAUAGGUUGUAUAUUUACUAAUCAAACUCAAGUCCAAUUACUUACAUCAAUCUAUUUUGUAUUAAUAGAUAUAGUUAUGUUAUCUCAAUAUGCUUGGUACCUUCUCAUCUGUCGCAAGAAAUAUUCCAAAGACAAAUAUCUGAAUUUAUCUGACCCUCCUUCUCCCACUCGUUUUAAUAGUAAUUCUAAUAGUUCUUCUAAUACAAUGAAGAAAGACGAUGAAAUCGAUGGUUUUGACCAAAAUAACAAAAAUUCACCAGAAAUUCAAAUUGAAAACGUCGAAACUCAAAACGACACUUACGCAAACAACACCAAUUUCUUAAUUGUCGUUUUAAUUGUCACUGUAUCGGUAUUUGGCCAAGAUAUUUUAUCGGAAAACAAUUCAACAAAUUCAAGCAAUAAUUUACCGAUAUGUGGGGUGAAGGAUUCGGGACUGACCGAGCGAAUUAUUGGGGAUGUAAGUGCGUGGGUGUCGGGACUGUUAUACUUCUUCGGUCGAUUUCCACAGGCUGUGCAUAUCUAUAGAAAGAAGGAUGUGGAGGGGUUAUCUAUAUUGCUAUUUUUAAUGUCGACCAUCGCUAAUGUGUUUUACUCAAUAUCGAUAUUUACAAGUGGCAUUGAUUUGGGAGAUCCAACUUUUUAUGAGGCACAGGCCGCUUAUGUUGUCGGGUCGUGUUUUGUUAUACCUCUUUCCGUCGUCAUCAUAUCACAAAUCAUUUACUAUAGAUAUGUCAAAAAUUGGAUCAAACAACGAAAAAGAGAAAACAAAAUGGAAAAGAUUGAAUCUAAACCACUUCUUGGUGAUUGUGAUUAUAUUUAUAGCUUAUUAGAAUACAAAUUAUUUUUUGGUGAAACUGUUUUAAUCUGUAUCAAACUUAAGCCAUUAAUACUAAAUUAA